CGGGCCGUGUGCAAGCUCUAUUCAUGGGCCUCUCCCGACUCUGCAGAGCCUCAGAGAGGCUGCGGUUAUCACCACCUACCUCUGACUGACACUGAGAGGCCACCGCUGCUCUCACCUCUGCACCCGCCGCCUCAGCCUCACACACGUAUUGUGAAGAAGGAAGGAUCCGUUAAUGGCGUGGUGGGGAGGCCUGUUCCUGAGCCUGAGCCGGCCCUCGCCGGACCAACAGAAAUCCUGCCUCGCGUCCGCCGGCGGCUUCAACUACGACGCGGAUCUCCACGGCGCCUCCUCUGCCCCUGAUGCACUAUUGACAGACAGGGCGCUCGCCGACCGCGGCUUCUCCGUCAACCGCUCGCGCGUCCUGGUCGGCUCCGGCGCCGACGCCUUCCGCCGGGCCAAGUCGGGCCUCCUCUCCUGGAAGCACUUGGCGCUGGGGUGGGCGAGCGUGGAGCCGGGCACGCCGGUGAAGGCCGGCACGAGGUUCUGCAUCUGCUACAAGGAGGUGAUUCCCUGGGUCAUGUUCCCGCUCCAGAUCGCCUACGUCGACGGCGGCUUCUCCUCCUCCUCCUCGGGCGCGAAAGGCAAUGGCGUGCUGGCGUUCGGCAGCGGCACCCUGCAAGGGCAUCUGCUGGCGGGGGAAGAGCGGUUCUCUGUGGAGUUAGACGAGGAGUCGCGGGUGUGGUACGAGGUGCUGUCCUUCUCCAAGCCGGCGCACGUCCUGUCGGCUCUCUGCUACCCCUACGUGCAGUUCAGACAGCGGCAGUUCGCGCGGGAGUCCGGCAAGGCGCUCCGCAGACACGUCGCCGCCGGCGGGAGCUGCUCAGACUCCUUCUCGAGCUCGCCGCCGCAAUGAGAUGGAGAGGCAUUCAUGAUUCAUGCCGUCUGGCUCAAGCUCGAAUUGCUUCCCAUAAGCUGAGAGCGGGUGUCAGUAGUAGAAUUGUUUGUCUUUUUAUUUAUGAUUUCUUGAAUAAAUUAUUAGCAGCAUCCGAUGCUGGAGUAUCUCA